GUGGCCUCCCUCUUCCAUCACGACGCCAUACCGUUCGCCCACUACGACGACCCCAACUUCCUGCCCGACUUCGGUCUACCCCCGCGACUGCCCGAUUGGGCCGAACACCUGCGCCCCGAAAUGGAGUCCGUGUGCGCCGACUCCGUGGCCUGUCAGUACGACUACGUGAUUACCCUCAACAAGGACUACGCCAAAGUGACCAAGCAACACGAGGCCUACGCACUCUACCUGGCCAAUGAGGCUAAUAGGAAAUAUACCCGAUGCCCGGCCCUACCGAAGCCCCUCAAUGGUCGCAAGUCUGAGAACAGGUAUUGGCCAGGUACUAUUGUCAGGUUCUCGUGCGAUGAUGGAUACCAAUUGGUCGGUAACGAAACGCGCCUUUGCCGAGAGGACGGCCUGUGGUCUUCAGGUGUGGACCCCAAGUGUAUCGGUGACCGAGAGUCAAGAAACGCCAUGUCAAACUCGAAAACCUAUGUUUAA